UUUUUAAACCCCAGAACAAAAUACAACUAUUCAAAAUUAUACCUUUUUUUUUUCUUUUUCUUUUUUCUCAAAAGGAGAAGAUAUUAAGAAAGUCCAUGAUUGUGUUGUUUUUUGUUCGUGUGCCUUUCUCACCUCUAACAACAUUCCCCUGUGCUUGCUGGGAACAUGCAUAUAUAUAUUUAUAAAAGGGGGACAUGUCCAACUGCAACAACAUUAACAUCCGAGGUUAAUCUGCACUAACACUUUCUGAUUCGGUGUCUCUGUGUGUGUGUGUGUUUCAAAUGGCGCAAUUACCUCCAAAGAUCCCAAACCUCUCACCAAGUUGGCCGGACUUCUCUUCUCAGCACCAGAAGAUGCCAUUGCCACCUCUUAACAACGACACCACCACCGCCAACACAGGCCAUUAUCAGCAUCAUCAAAAUCAAAACCCUUCUUGGGUGGACGAGUUCCUCGACUUCUCCUCCGCCCGGCGCGGCGCUCACAGGCGGUCGGUGAGCGACUCCAUCACCUACUUGGACGCGCCAAUGAGGUGUGGCGAGAACAACAACCACAACAAUAAUAACGGCAAUGGGAAUGAGUUUGACAGGUUCGAUGAUGAACAAUUCAUGUCCAUGUUCACCGAUGAAGUAGUGCUCUCUGGGGUCCCCUUGCCACCACCAACUACCUUGUCCUCUUCCAACCCUUCUAGCCCUUCCGAUCAGAACUUCUUCCACGAUGAGAAAGAGAGCUGCCGGAAGGAGAGGAAGGUGCAGAAGGAGGAAGAGGAGCACCGCCACCAAUUCAAAAAUGAAGCAGAUGAGGUUGAAAGCCAGUGCAUGCAGGAAAUUGCGCAGCCUCCAAAUGACACCAACACUUCUUCUUCCAAUGAGAAAAUUACUGACCCCAAGAGAGUCAAAAGAAUCUUGGCUAAUAGACAAUCUGCACAAAGAUCGCGAGUGAGGAAGCUGCAAUACAUAUCAGAGCUUGAGAGAAGUGCAACUUCAUUACAGGCUGAAAUUUCAGUGCUGUCUCCAAGGGUUGCAUUUUUGGAUCACCAGCGUUUGCUUCUAAAUGUGGACAAUAGUGCUCUCAAGCAAAGAAUCGCAGCCCUUGCUCAAGACAAGAUCUUUAAAGAUGCUCAUCAAGAGGCACUGAAGAGGGAGAUAGAGAGACUGAGGCAAGUUUAUGAGCAACAGAGGCUGAAGAAGAUGGAAAAUGCAGCAGAGUCACCUCCAUUGCCAUUGCCAUUACCAACAGAAAAGGAAAUACAAGUUCUGAACGUUUGAAGAAGAUGGUAACUGUGUAGUUAAUGAGAUGAGAGUGGAUGAGAGAUGCAUGGGAGAAAGGAAAGGUUAAAAAAUUUUGUUGUUGUGGUUGUAACGUGCAUUGAGUUGAAUGGUGAGAAUUUUUAUUAGUGAGUUGAUGAAGUGGAGUGAGUGGUGGUAGGGUUGUGGUGUGAAACAGCGCAGGCACGUGAUGUGUUUACUUUAAAAGAAGGGGACCACUGAAAGCUUGCAUGAUUAGAAUGCAGGGGAACCACAUGUGCAGCAGUGGCAUCAAAACAAAGGGUCCAAGAAACAGUUGUGUCUGUCUGCUUUAACUUGAUAGAUAGGAGUGUGGUAUAUCUUCACAUUCUUUCACUUCUUUAUUUCUUCUCUAUCAUUCUUUUCUAUUUUGCUUCAUGUUUUUCAAUGCAUGUUGGAAAACAAACACCACUGCCCAUGGAUGCAUCAAAUUAAUGAAGGUGUAUCUGUGAAAAAGUCAAGUCUUUCGAUGGUUUUUUCUGGUUUGGCUCUGUACUUUCUAUAUUUUGUAAUCAUUUUUAUUAUUUCACAUAAUUAAUUUCAGAAACCCAAAAUGUAAAUAAAUAGUCAUUUCACACAAUUUGCCCUGUAUAUAUAAUAAUAGUGUAGUUUUUUCUGUUUUCACUGUUUCACAACUUUGUGUUAUGAAAUUGAAUGACGUUCAAUUGCAUUGGAGAAAGUGCAUGUAUGAUAUCUCAAUCUCACAAUGUUUUUUA